AGAGAUAGUGUGGAAGUCAAACCAUGUCUUUCUUGAGAGCAGGCGCUGCUGGGGCUCCCUGAAUGGCGGCUAGGUGCCAAGAGGGAGUUCCCCACUUUGGAAGAUGUUGGUCCCAGGGCAUUGGGAUGGGUUGAGGCCAGCCAUGCCCAGCCUGCUGCUGCUGGUCGUGGCAGCUCUGCUCUCCAGCUGGGCACAGCUGCUGACUGAUGCCAACUCCUGGUGGUCGCUAGCUCUGAACCCGGUGCAGAGACCGGAGAUGUUCAUCAUUGGCGCUCAGCCCGUGUGCAGUCAACUUCCUGGGCUUUCCCCAGGCCAGAGAAAGCUGUGUCAGCUGUAUCAGGAGCACAUGUCCUACAUCGGGGAGGGAGCCAAGACGGGCAUCAGAGAGUGCCAGCACCAGUUUCGACAGAGGCGCUGGAACUGCAGCACCGUGGACAAUGCAUCUGUCUUUGGCAGAGUUAUGCAGAUAGGUAGCCGGGAGACUGCCUUCACGUAUGCAGUGAGCGCUGCUGGCGUGGUGAAUGCCAUCAGCCGAGCCUGCAGAGAGGGUGAGCUGUCCACCUGUGGCUGCAGCCGUGCUGCAAGGCCCAAGGACCUGCCUCGGGACUGGCUGUGGGGUGGCUGUGGAGACAACGUGGAGUACGGCUACCGCUUUGCCAAGGAGUUUGUGGAUGCCCGAGAGCGUGAGAAGAACUUUGCCAAGGGAUCGGAGGAGCAGGGCCGGGCCCUCAUGAACCUACAGAACAAUGAGGCUGGCCGCCGGGCCGUGUAUAAGAUGGCUGAUGUCUCCUGCAAAUGUCACGGAGUCUCCGGGUCCUGCAGCCUCAAGACCUGCUGGCUCCAGCUGGCGGAGUUCCGCAAGGUGGGGGACCGCUUAAAGGAGAAGUACGACAGCGCCGCGGCCAUGCGCAUCACCCGCCAGGGCAAGCUGGAGCUGGCCAACAGCCGCUUCAACCAGCCCACCCCGGAGGACCUGGUCUACGUGGACCCCAGCCCUGACUACUGCCUGCGCAAUGAGACCACGGGCUCCCUGGGCACUCGGGGUCGCCUCUGCAACAAGACCUCAGAGGGCAUGGAUGGCUGCGAGCUCAUGUGCUGCGGCCGCGGCUAUGACCGCUUCAAGAGCGUCCAGGUGGAACGCUGCCACUGCAGGUUCCACUGGUGCUGCUUUGUCAGGUGCAAAAAAUGCACGGAGGUUGUGGACCAGCAUGUCUGUAAGUGACUGCACAUGGCCUUCAGGUCGCUCCUCUCUGCCUCACAAAAGUCUAUAUUAUAUAAAUCUAUCUAAAUAUAUUUUAUAUUUGUACAAAUGGAUGGAUGGAUGAUUAAUAAUCAAGAGAAGAAAGUGGAGAGGAAGAGCUUGGGAGAUGCUGGCCCUCUGUGAGGACUGGGAGAGAAACGGGUUCUCCCCAUUUUCUGGCCAGGACUUUUGGGACAUGGGCUUGAGUGUCUGUGCGCCAUAGCCUCCAGGAGACAGGUGGGGAUUAGAUGAAGGAAAUGGGCCUGUUUUGGAUCUACAGUCCUGUGGGGAAGAUGAGUGUCUGUGACCCUGGCUGGGAGACCCUGAGGCCCCGUGGAAAGACCUGA